CGCCAUUGUUCUCCUGCUCUGGAGAGGAAGUGAGUGAGCAACAAGACGUUCGCAGCUAGCUGCAACAGUUACUUUUUUAUUAUAUAUUGAGGUGAAAUCUGCAAAACAGGAUCUUAGAAGGCCAAUAUUGUAAAAUGGCAUCAGCAGAUCUACAGCUGCCACCCGGCUUCAGAUUCCAUCCGACGGAUGAGGAGCUCGUGAUGCACUAUCUCUGUCGUAGAUGUGCAUCGCAGCAAAUAGUUGUUCCGAUUAUUGCAGAGAUCGAUCUUUACAAGUAUGAUCCUUGGGAUCUUCCUGGCUUGGCUCUUUAUGGGGAGAAGGAGUGGUAUUUCUUCUCGCCGAGAGAACGCAAAUAUCCUAACGGUUCAAGGCCGAACCGGGCAGCAGGGAGCGGCUACUGGAAGGCUACCGGAGCAGAUAAGCCCAUCGGUCAUCCGAAACCGGUUGGGAUCAAGAAAGCUUUGGUAUUUUAUGCCGGAAAAGCGCCCAAAGGCGAGAAAACAAAUUGGAUCAUGCAUGAAUACCGUCUCGCAGAUGUCGAUCGCUCCGCUCGCAAAAAGAAUAGCUUAAGGGUAUAUCCUCGAUAACACCCCCCGCUGCCCUGUCCAUUAAUUUUUUUUCCCUAACUCGAAUUAAUUGGGUGUAGAAAACACAUUUCGAUUGUGAUGCAUGAGAUUUUUGUUAAUGCGGCGUGCUUGGGAUGAAAUGACCGUUGGCUCCGGAAAAAAUUUGUCUUGGACAUUUGCGUCCCUUAGAAAAUUUUGGUGGCCACACAUUUAUCUAUUUAAUGACAACGAUAUGAAAUGGACGGUGCAGAUGUCCUCUCACCGUAGAAUAUCGGACCGUUACUUGUCCAGGUCACUCAUCGCAUUUAACCUUGUGGGGGCCUGAUGAUUUACCGCACACCUCUCAUGCAUCCAAUCAAAGCCCUCUAAGGAUAUGAACAAUAAUGAAGUGGAAGGUUCAGCCCUUCAAUUAUUGGUUUCUACUUAUAGAAAAGAUUCCUUCUUAUCUUCCGAUGAUAAUGAAAAUAUGAGACUUUGUGAACGCUAUGAUUGAUCCGUAUAAUUACGUGGAUGCCACUCUGGGCACAACAAUGGCUUCGGAUCGCAGUUUCAGGGCGGCGGUCAGAUGUCACCGUGAAGGACAUGUUCAUGUACCUGCAGAAGCCCUUCUGAAGUGGUGUGGCUGGGAAUAGUAGCAUCGGAGGACACGUGGCGAAUGGCUGGAUCGCACGGCAGCACGAGACAGAAGGUCUAUGAGUGUGCCUGUGCGUGAGCGCAGACGAACAAUUUUAAUCAGGGCGGAGAAAAUAAUUGGUGGUGGGAAUGCCGUUGUAGGCAUAUAGCAAAUUAUAUUGUGCACCUUCCGAUUUUGGACGUCCGAUCGAUUAGUGUGGACGAUCCAAAGGUGCAAUUUGCACUUGUCUCUGCUUUAGCGUCCGAUCGAUUAGUGUGGACGAUCCAAAGGUGCAAUUUGCACUUGUCUCUGCUUUAGGAUUUAUUAGUGUGUGUACACAGCUUGUGGAUGAGUACGCGUUGUCAUCAUAUGAUGAAAGGAAGGUCGUUAAUUUGAGCCUCCUAGUAUUGUAGUUCAUGUUUCAUCAUUCAAUGGGCAGUGGUUAUUUGUUUCAGAAAUCUUCUUUUUGAGAGAUCGGUAGUGAUUUAUUCUCA